UUGCCAGCCCCUUGGGAUGGCCACCAUCACCUGCAACCGCUUCACCGAGGAGUACCAGCUCUUUGAGGAACUGGGCAAGGGUGCUUUCUCUAUUGUCCGGAGAUGUGUGAAGGUGUUGGCAGGACAAGAGUAUGCAGCCAAAAUCAUCAACACCAAGAAGCUGUCUGCCCGAGACCACCAGAAGCUGGAGCGAGAGGCUCGGAUCUGCCGCCUCCUGAAGCACCCCAACAUCGUGAGGCUCCAUGACAGCAUCUCUGAAGAGGGCCACCACUACCUGAUAUUUGACCUGGUCACUGGUGGGGAGCUGUUUGAGGACAUCGUGGCCAGAGAGUACUACAGCGAAGCGGAUGCCAGCCAUUGCAUACAGCAGAUCCUGGAAGCUGUCCUGCACUGCCACCAGAUGGGAGUGGUCCACCGGGACCUGAAGCCUGAGAACCUGCUGUUGGCCUCCAAACUGAAGGGGGCUGCUGUCAAACUGGCUGACUUUGGUCUCGCCAUUGAGGUGGAGGGAGACCAGCAAGCCUGGUUUGGUUUUGCUGGCACCCCAGGAUACCUCUCCCCUGAGGUGCUCCGCAAGGAUCCCUAUGGCAAAGCUGUGGACCUGUGGGCUUGUGGCGUCAUCCUCUACAUCCUGCUGGUUGGGUACCCACCAUUCUGGGAUGAAGACCAGCACCGCCUCUACCAGCAGAUCAAGGCUGGGGCUUAUGACUUCCCCUCCCCUGAGUGGGACACUGUCACUCCCGAAGCGAAAGAUCUUAUCAACAAGAUGCUGACCAUCAACCCAUCCAAACGCAUCACGGCAGCGGAGGCUCUGAAGCACCCCUGGAUAUCGCACCGUGCCACUGUGGCCUCAUGCAUGCAUAGACAGGAGACGGUGGAUUGCCUGAAGAAGUUCAACGCCCGGAGGAAACUAAAGGGAGCCAUCCUCACCACCAUGCUGGCCACCAGGAACUUCUCCGGAGGCAAGAGCGGUGGCAACAAGAAGAAUGACGGCGUGAAGAAAAGAAAGUCCAGUUCCAGCGUUCAGUUAAUGGAAUCGUCGGAGAGCACCAACACCACCAUUGAGGAUGAAGACACCAAAGUACGGAAGCAAGAAAUCAUUAAGGUGACAGAGCAGCUGAUCGAAGCAAUAAGCAACGGCGACUUCGAGUCCUACACGAAGAUGUGUGAUCCUGGGAUGACUGCUUUUGAGCCUGAGGCUCUGGGGAACCUUGUGGAAGGCCUGGAUUUUCACCGAUUCUACUUUGAAAACCUGUGGUCCCGGAACAGCAAGCCUGUGCACACGACCAUCCUGAACCCCCACAUUCACCUGAUGGGAGAUGAGUCCGCCUGCAUCGCCUACAUCCGCAUCACGCAGUACGUGGACGCAGGGGGCAUCCCCCGCACUGCCCAGUCUGAAGAGACCCGCAUCUGGCACCGCCGGGAUGGCAAAUGGCAGAUUGUCCACUUCCACAGAUCUGGCGCGCCCUCUGUCCUACCGCAGUAAGCCCUCUGAAGUGUGGUAUGGCCCGUGCUGGAUUUGUCACUGACUGACUGCCAGGGGAGACCCUCCAACUCUUCACCUACAGGAUUUUGGCUGUUGGCUCUGCUGCUUGGUUCCUGCUGGAAUAGCUCCUCGCUUCUCACUGCACACAUGCAACGGCCUCAGCGGCACCUACAAACAUCCCGUCUCCAUCCCCUUUCACCAGGACCCCUUCCUCUGCAUGAACGAAGAAAAGAAAAACCAUGAACCUAAAUCUGAGCACUUGAUGCCUGCCAGGGCAAAAGGCCCCCCUACAGCCCUGCAGUCCCAUACAUCCCACAGAUUGGGACAGGACUCUUCAUCCACCUCCAUUGCCACUUCUGCUGGCAGCUCCCCAAAGAAGAGGAGGUUGUGGGGAGCUGCUCAGUGCCACACACCCUCCGCACG